GAACUCUUCCUGCCUCCAUGGGGCCUCUCCUGUUGGCUCUCUUCCUCCUUCACUCCUGCCUCCCGGGAGGAAUCAGCGAUCUCCGGGAGGACCUGAUGUUUCUGAAGACUGAGCACGCACUUCGCCUCUACCGGAGCGUGGCAGCAGAGAGAAGUGGAGACAACCUCGUCAUUUCGCCUGUCGGCGUGUCCAUCCCUCUAGAGAUCCUGCAAUUUGGAGCCCAAGGGAACACAGGCCGGCAGCUGGCAGAGGCCCUGGGUUACACGGUCCGUGACCAAAGGGUGAAAGAGUUCUUGCACGCCGUUUAUGCCACACUACCCAACUCCAGCCAAGGCGCCAGGAUGGAGCUGGCCUGUACCCUUUUUGUGCAGGUGGGAACGACGCUCUCCCCCUGCUUUGUGGAGCAGGUCUCCCGCUGGGCCAACAGCAGCCUGGAGCCAGCCAACCUCAGUGAGCCCAUCAGCGCCAUCCAGGAGGAUGAAUGGGCCUCCAGGCAGACUGCAGGUAAAAGAAAACCAUCCGCCUCAGUGAGGCUAAAGUCAGAGGGCUAUAAAGACAGAUUCACCAGAAGCCAUGAGGAUGGGUACUCAGGCCACUCUCUAUUGCAACAGAAGUUUGUCCUCUUGGGGGAGCCUACAUUGAAUGACGUCCUCUAUGCAGCAAGCAAACUGACCCUUGGCCCCCUUCUACCUCUCCCCCCCAACCCAGUCAUUCACACUCACACGUGCGCACACCCACUCACACAGAAAGGACUCUUCAGAGUGUCCCACCUCCAGGAAACCCUGCAGGCUUUGACCCAUGCAACUGUCCCGGAAAUAGUAACAAGCAGGCUACAAAGCCCACUUCAGGGACGCUUCAGCACCCCCCAGAGAAUGCACAGGUGUCCGCAACACAGUCCCUCUCCACCUGCAGGUGAGGGCCCAGGUGGCUCGAUGAGGGAGCGCGGCAACGCAGCACUUGCUCAGCUGGCGCUGGUGAGCACCAUGUCCUUCCGAAGCACUUGGCGGCAGAGAUUCUCCUCCACGGACACUCAGCUCCUGCCUUUCACCUGCGCCCAGGGCCGUGUUCUCCGGGUCCCCACGAUGUACCAAAUGGCCGAGGUCAACUACGGCCAGUUCCGGGACCCAGCGGGCCAUCAGGUGGGGGUACUGGAGCUGCCUUACCUGGGAAGCACAGCGAGUCUGCUCCUGGUGCUGCCCCGUGACAAAGACACCCCACUGGCCCACAUUGAGCCACACCUUACAGCCAGCAUCAUCCACAUCUGGACCUCCAGCCUGAGGAGAGCCAGGAUGGACGUGUUCCUGCCCAGAUUUCGGAUACAAAAUCAUUUCAACUUAAAAAGCAUUUUAAAUUCUUGGGGAGUCACCGAUCUUUUUGAUCCACUCAAAGCUAACUUGAAAGGAAUUUCAGGGCAAGAUGGUUUUUAUGUUUCUGAAGCAAUCCACAAAGCCAAGGUUGAGGUUUCAGAGGAAGGCACCAAGACAUCUGCAGCCACAGCUCUGUUGUUACUGAAAAGGUCUCGGAUUCCUAUUUUUAAAGCAGAUCGGCCAUUCAUCUUUUUCCUGAGAGAACCCAACACAGGUAUUACAGUAUUUUUUGAUAGAAUUCAUAUAAAUUAAAUAUUUAUCACUGUCUCUCUAGCAACAAGGCUCAUUUGUCCACUGUAG